AAACCAUACACCUCUUUUCUUGAGCAUAUAGGUGUCAAGACAGUUUUCCCUUUGAUUGUAGCAAUGGCUGAAACACUGUCGGAAGAACAAGUAGCAGAGUUCCGGGAAACUUUUUGCCUGAUUGAUAAAGACUCUGAUGGCUGCAUUACUUUGGAGGAACUGGCACAAAUGAUUCAAUCUUUAGGUGAAAAUCCGACACAAGAAGAGGUUCGAGACAUGAUCAGUGAGGUUGAUACUGAUGGAGAUGGCACCAUUGAUUUUGACGAGUUCUUGAAUAUUAUGACCAGAAAAAUGAAGGAAAAUGUUGCUGAUGAGCUAAAAGAAGCUUUCAAAGUGUUUGACAGAGAUCAGGAUGGCUUCAUAUCAUCAACUGAGUUGAGACAAGUGAUGAUAAAUCUGGGGGAGAGAUUGACAGCAGAAGAAGCAGAACAGAUGAUCAGAGAAGCUGAUUUAGACGGUGAUGGACUGGUGAGCUAUGAGGAAUUUGCCAAGAUGAUGAUGGCCUUCUGAUCAUAAUCAGUUAGGUUGCAGAAAAUCAAGAACUGUGUAUCAAAGUUUGCCCUGUUUCGAUGACCUGAUUUUUCCUUGAAAUCAAAUAACAUUUCAGUAAUGACCGAUUAGAAAAAUGUAUGUAUGCUUGACGCAAUGUAGGAAAAUUGUUAAAUGAAAGAAAAUAAUGGGUCAUGUAUAGCAAUUGAGUUCUUUUUUCAUUUUUUCUCAAUCCCCUGCUUCAAUUUCAACUUCAAAUUAAUAAAACAAUUUGAAUAAG